AAGGCAUUUGACCUUCGGUGUAGACAAGAAUCAGGGCGAAGACUCAUUGCUAAGUAUAAACUUAAAUUGUUAAGUUUAAUUACAAGUUUGACAGCCAAACGACAAACUACAGAGAACGUUAACUGAACUACUGUCCUGUUGUGAGUACUGUUCGGGCAGGUGAACCUCAUAAAAUAUAACCAAAAUGGGGAUUGGAGGGUUACCAAUAGCACUGAUUUGUGCGUUUUUCGUUUGUGUGUUUGGAGCUACAUUGCGUCAGGAAGUUAGUGAGGAAUUAAAAUUGUUAAGAUCAAGACAGAGGCGGCAGGCCAAUAAUGUACGGCCGAUUCGUGAGGUGAAGGUUUUGGAUAUCAAAUCAAAAAUAGCAAUGAGGUUUGCUAGCACUACGAUCGUCUGCAGGAUUACAAAUAAAGGCGCCAAUUCUGAGAGAAUCACUUUUCCACUAGAAUUUCCAGAUAAUGCAUACAUUACAGAAUUUACUGUAGUUGUGGAUGGAGAUGAUGAAAUAUAUUAUGGUAAAAUUAGAGACCGUUGCGAAGGCUCAGAUGAAUACACAUUUAGCGCUUCUGGAGAUGUUCCACCCAAUGCUGAUCCACUUUGGAACAAUUUCACAACUGCCGUUUACCUUAGACCAAGAGGUCAUGUGACAUAUACUGUGACGUACCAAGAGAUAUUAAGAAGGGUUCGUGGAAGUUACUCUCUAGUGAUAAGUGUAAAACCUGGACACGUUGUUUCAGAUUUUGGUAUAGAUGUACAGGUUACAGAAGCACAAGGUAUCUCCUACAUAAACGCUGGGUUCUUUAAUUUUUCAUCAUCAGUGGCCAAACGCUCGUCUGAACUGUCGCUGUUUUCUUCUGUAUUUUACGGUGGAAGAGACACAUUGAACAGCCAGAAUGAAGCAAUAGACUCUAUCUUAGGUGAUGACGUCAACAGAGUGUUUUUAUCGGAAUAUAUCACCAACAAGAAAAAUCAGAAUAACCGGGCUAGCUUUAGGUACGACCCUUCUAAGGCUGAACAGCAGGCGUUCAAUUCUGACUUGGGUCUUUAUGGCGUUUUUGUGUUGUCCUACGAUGUGGAGCAUGAUGAUGUCAGUCCAGGAGAUGUCAUGGUAGCCGAUGAUUUCUUUGUCCAUUACUUCUCUCCGAGUGGACUUCAAGCGCUGCCAAAGGACGUUGUCUUUGCAUUUGAUGUCAGUGCUUCUAUGUAUGGCAGAAAGCUAACACAAACAAAAAUGGCACUGAAGACAAUUCUAGACGAUCUAAGUGUCGCAGAUAGAUUUAACAUCCUAACAUUCUCAACUGACAUUUAUCUGUGGGAACAGAACAGAUUGGUAGAAGCAAACUCAGCGAACAUUGAAAGAGCUAAAACGCACGUAGAAAAUCUUAAAAGCAUUAGAAGUACAAACAUUAAUGGCGCGUUGGUUGAAGGAUUGAAGCUGCUGAAUAAUGCAACAGGUGGAUCUCGUACGUCCGUCUGCAUCCUGUUUCUGUUAACGGACGGUACGGCAACAAUCGGCGAGACAAAUUCCAGAGUAAUCUUACAAAACACACGGAAAGAAAAUCAGAACGACUGUUCUAUCAUCACUCUGGGCUUCGGUAAACGAGACUCUGACGUUGAUUUCCCUUUCUUGACUAGAAUCGCUUUAGCUAAUAAAGGUAUAGCUAGACGAAUCUUUGACGGAGUUGAUGUGCCGACACAGCUAAAGGGCGUCUAUGAUGAGGUUGCUACACCGCUUCUUCGCGAUCUGACCAUAUCCUACUUGGAAAAUAGUGUUGAUCUCGCCACACUCACCCAGACUCAAUUUCAGAACUUUUUCAACGGGUCUGAACUAUCAGUAGCUGGUCGGUUGGCUGACCCUCAAUUAACAGAAAUCCCUGUUCGUGUUACGGCAACAGGUUCGACCGGUUCUGGAAUCAAUAACAUUGGUGAGAUGACAAUGGAAGAGAGAAUAAAUGUUGUGGAUAAUCCAAGUUCACGGCACGUCCCGCGAGAUUUUGUUGAACGAUCUUGGGCAUUUCAUACGCUAGAAGAAACCUUAAGAAACCUUGAAAUUACCGAAGACGAGAAGAAGCGAGAGUACUCUCUCAGAAGCGCAUUCGAUUUAUCUCAACGCUACAACCUUUUCACUCCUGUGACGUCAUUCAAAUUUAUCAAUUCUAAGGGCCAAUCAAAAGUACCUGAUGGAUUUGGAUGGGAGUUGGUCGGUUCAAAAUAUAAUACAGCUGAGAAAGACAAACUGGGAUCCGAGUCGGAGUUUUGCGUAAGGGCUGAAGAACCAGUCGUUGGUGUUGACACCCAGGAAGGUGUCGAUAUAGAAAUGCUUGAUAUUGAAGCACAGAUAGCAUUGAGAUAUGCGCGUACGAAAGUCACUGCUCGUAUAGUACACAAGAACCAGGGCAAUGUUAAUCUUCGGUUUAGCUUCCAGAUUCCUAGAUAUGCGUUUGUCACUAACGUUAUUGCAACCAGUCGAGGCAAAACCUACGAGACAACCAUUGUGGAUGAUGAAAAUUCAAAGAAACAUGUUCUAGACGGCAAAGGAAGAAUUCCAAGAUGGACUCCGACGAUGGAAACUGUAGUUGUCUCCGCUCUAGCAGCACCUGACACACCAAUCACUUUUGAAAUAACUUAUGAGGAACUUCUGGAGCGAAACGAUGGAUUAUUUCAAUACCGACUGAAUCUAUACCCAAGACAAAUUGUCAACUUUCUCCGGAUGGCAGUGUACGUAACUGAACCGCAACAGAUUGACAGUCUUAUGGCUAAGUUUGAAAAUCACGUGGACAAUGGACAAGACAUUGAUCUCACAAGUGAGGUUGUACGCAGAGGCAACACGGCCAGACGCUUACUGUAUGAUUUCACUGUCGAAGAACAGAAUAAUCACAUUGAUAGUUCAGGUGGAAUAAAGGGAGACAUGGUUAUAACAUAUGAUGUAGAACACGAUACAUCGGGUGGUUACAUGGAGGCUAAAGAUGGAUAUUUUGUUCACUAUUUUUCACCGAAUGGAUUGCGAGAAGUAACAAAACAUGUUGUAUUUGUUAUCGACACCAGUGCUUCGAUGGGCUUAGGCGACAAAUUACGACAGACUAAAGAGGCGGUAAAAUCAGUUAUAGAUGACCUAAGGGCUAACGACCGAUUCAACGUCAUAAGCUUUGCAGACCAACCAAAAUCAUGGCGGCAGAAUGGGCUAGCCGAAGCGUACACAAACAACAAAGUUGAUGCAAAGAAUUUUAUCAACAGAUUAACUGAUGGAGGAGAUACAAACCUGUACUCGGCACUGAUAAAAGCUGACGAGGUUCUUGAUCGAGGUGCGCGUGAUGUGUCCGACAGUGACGAUGAAAUAUAUUCAAUGAUUAUGUUAUUUACUGACGGCAAGCCAAGUGUCGGUGUAACAGAUACCGAUGAACUAGUCCGUCACGUGACAGAUAACAUCAAUAGCGCACACUCUCUUUACGCAGUCAGUUUCGGACCUGAUGCAGACUUUGAGUUCCUUGUUCGACUAUCAGCCCAGAACGAUGGUUACGCUACUAAAAUUUAUGUUGAUGAUGACGCUGCGAAACGUCUUGAAGACUUAUAUGGUAAAAUAUCUUCAGCCGUACUCAUGGAUACUACUUUUGAGUAUUCAAAAGGAAAAGUUAACGUGGACUCCCUUACAGCAGUUACAUCACAACCGUACUUUUUGGGAUCUGAAAUUCCAUCUGCAGGCAAACUUGAAGACGAUGCCACUGGUGUGUUAAGAGGAAUUGUAACAGGAAGAUCUGAUACCGGCAGACGACAAACUUUCCAAGCAGAUACGUCUGUUACGAGUCCUUCACCAGCAAUUAACUCCCAAUACGUUCCCACCGAUGUUGUAGAGAGGGUAUGGGCUUAUCUACGAGUCAGAUACCUCUUGGACCGUUAUGCUAGAACUAAUGAUCCCAUGAUUGCAGCAGAAAUUAUCAGUGUUGCCCAGAAAUACAAGUUCUUCACUCCACUGACACCACUUGUGUUUGUCGAUCCGUCAACAACACGACAAGUUAAUGAUGGAUCUUUUUCGCAUCCACUGGUCACGUUCAGUAGUGAUGACUUUGCUCUCUUUAACGCUCUUGUAAAAGAUUACCAACCUCCAACAGUUACUGAAGAGCCACAUGAAGUUGUACCACCCGGCAUUAUUUUAGAACAAUCUGACGGGAUUGACUUGCGGCGGUUCAACAUAAAGUGUACUAUUGGUGCUCGGUACUCGAUUACGGAGGUAUUCAAACUCUUUGAUAACCUGAGCUCCCGUAAUGGCAGGGUUGUCUUCCGAUAUGAUAUGCCUAGUGAUGCUGUUAUUUCAUCGUUUAAAAUGGAUAUUGAUGGCUCAACUUAUUCUAGUGACGCUUAUGACAUGUCUAUCUUUCCAACAACUCUCCCAGGACCCUUGGAUAUCAAUGGUAACGGCGGCUUUGUAGAAAUCCGGGGAACUUCGAAGAUACUAGUCGUGUCUGUACCCGUUGGUGCAAGCGGCCGAGCCCAAAUCCAAGUUACCUACGAACGACUGUUGAGAAGAACAAAAGGCAAAUAUGCAGAAGUCAUCAAAUUGUAUCCCGGAGAGCUAGUGGAAGACUUCAACAUAGAUGUACGUAUUGCUGAACCGGCGGGUAUACGAUUCACCGAUGCUAGCAUUCUAUUCACCAACAACCGGAACGUUCCUAAGCGCAGGGACCUGCCGGGUGCUGUCACACAGCAGCGCUCCACUAUUAGCUCUGUCAGAUUUAGUCCGUCGGAGAGUGAACAGUCAGCCUACAGUGACAUUGGUAUCAAGGGGGAAUUCGUCGUCCAGUAUGACGUCAUACAUGGCAACGAUGGUGGGGAUAUACAGCUCUACAACGAUUAUUUUGUCCACCACUUUUCACCAAACAUUCUACAAGCUCUUCGGAAAAACGUGGUGUUUGUUAUCGAUGUUAGUGACUCAAUGAACGGCCUGAAGCUGAAGCAGGUGAAGAAAGCCUUUACUACUAUUCUGAAUGAUGUGAGACCAAGCGAUCGAUUUAAUAUUCUUGCGUUUUCCAAUACAGUUUUUCCUUUCAGUGCUGACAUGGUGGAAGCUUCGCCAAGUAAUGUACGAGAUGCACAGAAGUUUGUAGAGGAUCUUAACCCACUGGACGGAACAAACUUGAAUCGGGCUGUACUUGACGGAAUUAAUCAGCUUCGUAAAGAGAAUGAAGAUCUCGAACAAACUGGUCAGGACGAGGACGUUCUUGGUCUUGUUAUUCUUCUUACUGAUGGCACACCAACUCAAGGAGAGAUCGUACUUGACAGAAUCAUUCAAAAUGUAGAGGAUGCAGGACGAGGGCAACCGGAAUAUUCCAUUUUCUGUUUAGGAUUCGGAAAUGAUGUGGAUAUGGACUUCUUAAAUCGACUAGCGCUGACCAGUUAUGGAAUAGCUAGAAGCAUACCAGCUUCGUCUGACGCUGUCGAACUGCUUGCAGGUUUUUAUGAUGAAGUUGCGACACCACUACUUUAUGACAUCCAAGUUUUCUAUCUCGAUGGCAUUGCUGCUGAUUUGAGUACAAGAGUAUUCAAAAAUUACUUCAAUGGAUCCGAAAUCGUAGUGGUUGGUCGACUAAAUGACUACCGUCAAAGAGAUAUUCUUAAAUCUAGGAUAAAGACUAUAAGUCGAGACACAGACUUUGAAGCCACUGCGGAUGCUAAGAGACCACCUGAUGAAUUCCAGUAUAACGCUCGCUAUCCCGAGGACAUGAUGGCACGCGCGUGGGCUUACUACACACUACUUGAAUUAUUCGAGUCGUAUCUUGAAGAGCAAGGCCCUGGAACUUUUAUAAGAAAUGAGAUCACCACAAGAGCUGAGCGCUACAACUUUCUGUUGUCAAAUAACUUCACAUUCUACUAUGUAAAACAAGACAGCGAUCAAGAGAAAGUGAUGCGAAUUGUGGAAAGAGGGUCCCUGGACAUGGCACCAAGAGCAGACUUGUACACGUCAUGCCAGAAUACAAGGAACGAAAAGUCGUGGUGUGAUAACGAUCCACAUUUUGUAGUACAUGUUCCUCGAAGUAAUAUCAGUGUAUGUUUUGAUCUUAACGGUAAUCCCGAUGAUGUCUUCAAUUUAGUUGCCGAUCCAAGUAAAGGUAUUUUCGUCAAUGCACUUCUUAUUGGUGAAGACCAAGUUCAUGAAACUGCAAAGCACAGAAAAACAUACUUUGGACAAAUAGCGUUUGUGAAAGAUCCACCAAACGAUCCUUACUCCAUAUACUCUGAUAUUCUAAUUAACCCGAGCGAAAUCAUAAUUAAUAACGAAAUUCGAUUACACUGGCGUAAAUCGAGAAAUCUUAAAAUUCGAGACAUUUCAGUAAAAGUAUAUGGAGAACAUGCGAACGUCACAUUAGCCCCGGGGGUGAACUUUGUUGUGCGACGUCAUGUGCCGAAAGAUAAUUUAAACAAACCUGUGUAUCUGGGAAUAUACAUGGAGGAUGCAAGUGGAUUUUCAGACGGAGUACAUGGAAUUAUGGGACAAUUUGAACACGCAACAGCUGCUGUCAAACGGCAUCCAAAAGGUAAUGAGGACACAGAACAACGAGGAGUGCUGACAAUUAGAGGAAAAGAAGUAAAUGUUAAACUGAGUGGACGGACAGAUAGUUUGAGAAAACAAAAGAAGGAAUGUUGGAAAGUUGAGAAGAAUGGACUUGGUGUCAUUCGGGGACAUUAUACUGACUACAUCCAAUCGGAUUUGUUUAGUACUGCUUUGUAAAUUAUUUAUCCUUAUUUGUUGUUCAUUUUCAACUACCAAUCUUACACUCGCAAAUAAAGUACCAGUAAAUUUAAGAAUACAAAAUGAUCGUUUGUAAAUUCUUUUAAUAAGUUGAUACUUAAUUCUAUCUACUACUUUUUUGGAUCAUCCGCUAUGUUUGACAUUCUUCAUGUCAUUGUUUCCAUUAUAAUACGACUACAACACCAUCUAGUGACAUGUUGAAUUUAAAGUGUGUGAUGAGUAUAGAAUUGAUAUUUUGAAUCAAAGGAUCUUUUAUAAUUCUAGUUUGAAUUAGUUACCUAGUUUGUAAAUACAUUCUCAUCAAGCAAUUCAGCUUUAGUGACAUUCUGUCAUGUUAUUCAUUGUUCAAUUAUUACAUAUAGUUUACUUCAAAAUUAUCAAAAUGUAGGUGGAGUUAAUUAAUGGGAUUUACUUAAAUGUGAUUUCAAUCCACUAUUUGGUUAAGUCUGUGUACAUUCUUAACUUCAUAUUUUUGACAGACAUGGUUAAUUAUAUAAACUGUAAAAUAUAACAGUUAACACUAUUAUUAGCUCCUUAAGGUGAAAUGAUUUUAAAGUAGCUGGUAUAAAAUUAUCCUUUGAGAUUGUGGUUAAACAUGAUGUGGGGUACAAAAUCCAAGAUACUUGAAAUCUGAUUUGACCUCAAUUUAUUAUUUUUAAAUCGAAUAAACCUUUGCUAUAUCUCUGCUA